AUGGAAAGGGAAGCUGGAGCGGAAACAACUGAUGGAAUGACAGCGAUCUUCAGUAAGCUCUCGAGGACCAAGGAUGGCCGGAUAGUCGACUUACUUUGUGAUAAUGGUGGUGCAGCAAAAGCUGUUAACAGUAGUAUUCUGAGAACAGACAAAGAUACUCAUCGUCUACAAAAUCAUCACGAGAAACGGAUGGAGCAAAUGGAUUCAAGUUCUCAAAUAAAGAAUUUGCCAGGCUUCAACACCAGCCAGCAGCUGCAGAAAAUCAUUUCUAGCAUGAAUCCAGCUAAUUGCCAGCUGAAACAAGGAGGAGGCGUACCCAAGUAUGGAACAAGCAGUGAAGCUAAAAGUUCCGCUGACGAUAUAAUGAGAAAACUCUCAGGUGGUGAAAUGAUCAACAAUAGGGAUGAGCAUCAGCAGCAAAACCCGAAUGCAGACACAAGAUGCACACAGCCGAUUCUAGGUGGAAGCUCAGUUAUGGCUGGAAGCAGAGAUUGUUCGCAAGCUUCCUGUAGUGGAAAUCUGAGGCAACUCUCUGGCGAUGAUUUGAUGCAGCCUCGUAGUAAAAAACUUAAGAGUGAUGCAUCGCUUUCUGAUGGCAAUGGUCUGGAUGACCUAGCAGAUGAUUUCCUCGGUGACCACAAUCCGAUCAGGAAGCCCGAGCAUCAGCAAAAGGACAUCCAUGGCGCAAGUGCGGGAACCCUCCAGCCAACUCAAGAAAAUUGCUCAAUGUCUGCCACUGGCGGAACAUUACCUUCCAGUCAUAAGAUGGUGGCUUCCGUGCCAGAAUGGACUGAUGAGCAGCUUUCUCAACUUUUUGAUGACUACUGA